AAAAACGUCAAAAUGCUUUGGCUGCUCUACAUUGCAGCUGUGCAUAUCUCCGCAUCGUCUGCGUCGGAGGGAGAAGAAGUAACAUCAUCAAGUAUUGGUAUAUCGCUCUCACCAAAUGCCCAGAUACCAGAAACAACACUAGAAACUAACAUAAUGUGUCCCGGCAGCAUUGGAAUGACCGAUGAGUUAAGAUUGGCUUAUCUUGAUUUUCACAACAGUCGUAGGAGUUUGCUUGCAUCGGGACAAGCAGAAAAAAAUGACGGGACAAAAAUGCCAGGCGCUAAAAAUAUGCUGAUGUUGUUUUACGAUUGUAAACUGGAACGAUCGGCGCUGCAGUAUGCUGGUCAAUGCCCUAAGAUUGGAUCCGACCCGAGCUCAAGAGGUGAACAGGGAGAGAAUUUCUACCAGCUUACCGAAACCGGAGAAAACUUUUUGAAAGCUGCCCAAAAGUCCAGUCGUUCGUGGUACUCAGUUGUUACUGUGUAUCCUGGCCUUGGAAAACUCGCAAAGUAUCGUGCUAAUCACGUGGGAACUCCGAUUACAACAUUUACUCAGAUGGUGUGGGCUGUGACAAGAAGAAUGGGUUGCUCAGUUGUGCAUUGCCCACCUUUCUUCACUUCUGUUUGUCGAUAUAAUCCGGCAGGUAAUGUUGUUGGCGAAACCGUUUACGAUCCGGGAGAAACCUGCACAGCUUGUCCUUCUGAAACGACCUGCAGGCAGACUAUGGGUCUUUGUAACUGAAUGUGAAAUGAGAAUGGCAAAUGAUUUUUUGAUUUAAGAAUGCCAUCAAAACAUGAAUAUUUGAGCAAUACAUUCGAGAUUUUUGUUCUACUCUAGUCUAGUCGAACACAUAAAAACUACAGAUGUCGUAUUAUUUUAGUCGUAUAAAGGGUUUUCGAGUGUGACUGAGAAUGGUCCAGA